AUGAUUAUUAAAGAUUUUGUUGUGGAUAAAGAUACUGAUAUUCUUGCUUUGACGGAAACUUGGCUCCCUCCAAGUGGGAACGAUUUGAUUAUUGGGGAUCUAUGCCCAACAGGUUAUAGUUUUCUGCAUACACCGAGACAUGGAUCAAUCGGUGGGGGCGUUGGUCUCUUAUUCAAGGAAAGUCUUAAUAUUAAGCGUAAUGUACAGGAGGUAUUUAGGUCAUUUGAAUACCUUGACAGUUCUUUUUUGAACUUUCUACAUAUUAGAAUUAUUGUUGUAUAUCGGCCGCCUCCUUCAUCGGCUAACUCAUUGACAUCUACUCUAUUCUUUGAAGAGUUCUCAUCCUUUUUGGAAGGAAUUAUUGUAUCACCCGGGCAACUCUUGAUAGCUGGAGAUUUCAAUUUUCAUCUGGACAAUCCUAAUGACCCUCUUAUACGACUCAUAUACGACUCGAGAUCAUGGUAUAAUUGUUAAAUAUAACAUCAUAUAGUAUCAUAUAACAUCAUAUAUUACCAUAUAACAUCAUGAUGUACUAUCAUACAACAUCAAUAGCAUCAUAUCCCAUCGUAUACUAUCAUUUACCAUCAUAUUUAACAAUUAUUCGCCGAAGGUGAGGUGAUUAUCGGGGAAUAUUCGCCGAGACAAAGUCGAGGUGAAUAUUCCCCGAUAAUCACCGAGCCUGAGGCGAAUAAUUUUUUCCAUUUUCAAAUGAAUGGUGUCAUCAGAAGCUGACAUAUGAAACAAAACUGUCAACAAAUAGAUUUUGUCUCCCCAUCAGGCAUCAGCAGAUUGUUCAGUUGUUUUGCAACAGGGUAGCCUUGAAGGUGCCAUUUAAAAUUAUAAUUGGGACAAAAAAUAACUUUAUAUUUCUAUUUAUGAAAUUGCAGUUAUUAAAUUCUAUAUGUCCAAUGAUUCAUUCAAGUAUUAUUAUUGUUGAUAUAUAAUAUGAUUUUGUACAGUAUUCAGUCGUAAGUUAGCUGCCAUGCCAACUGGUCAUGCCAGGCCAAUAAACCUGCAUCUAUUUCAAUAAUACAAAUCAUUAAAAACUUGCAUAACAUGACCUGCAGGGACGCCGGAACGAUGUGAAGGCAAGGGGGCAGAUUUUCGUGAAAGGGCACUUUUGAAUUGAUAUAUACCAAGAGAUGUUUGCGAAACAUCGGGAGUUGAACUUCGCCUAAUCAUGUUUUCUAUUGAUUGGAUGAUAGGGGUGUGAGGGGUUCUCCGCCAGGCGAUUAUGUUAUUCUUGAAGCUCGAUGACUGCACGUUCUUUCGUUUUCUGAAGCAAAUUCGUAAAGGAAUUGCACUAACAUUUCUGACAAUUCGUUAUUUCGCCAAGGCAAUCCUUUAAAUUGAAAGGGCACUCUUUCCCUCCUUGCCCCUCCUGGUAAAGGACAACGGGGUCGGCUGCCUCUCCUGCCUCACCUUGCCUCACAUUGCUAUGGCUAGCUUCACCACUGACAGUGUUAUAAUUAUACAUACAAAAGCCAGACGUUAUAGGCAUUGAAGGUAUCAAAUAAAAUUGCCCAUACCAAGAAAGUAGAAUUAGAAUUUUAGCUGACCUUUGACCUUGUGCAAGGUGUUUGGUAUUCAAAUUGCACUUUUCCUACCUCCUGAACAGGCAUCUUUGGGGCUGUUUACAUGAUGGAAGGUGGGAUGAUUUUUGACGUGUUGUAAUAAGUCACUAUAGGCUAAAUGAAAGCUUAAAAUAUAUGGAAAUUUGUGGACGAUACAACUUUAGACGAAAUUGUUGGGAAAAACGAAAAAAGUUCAAACCCUUAUAGAUGACAGUAACAAGACAAAUCUCUGAGAGCCAAUUCAAACGAAACUAAAUGCAAGGAGUUAUGAAUCGGAUUCUGCAAACCAAGAGCAAUGUUUGACCCUAUUAUAGUAAAUGGAGAAAUGUUGGAAGUGGUCGACAGUGCUAAAAUCCUUGGUCUGACGGUUUCUAACAAUUUGAAAUGGAACAAUCACAUUGACCAGAUUAUAUCGAAGGCGCGAAAGCGUCUCUAUUUCCUCUCCCAACUUAAGAGAGCGAGAGUUAGCACGAAAUGACAGAAUGCUCAUGACAGAAUGCUCAUGACAGAAUGCUCAUGACAGAAUGAAUGCUCAUGACAGAAUGCAUCAUGACAGAAUGCUCAUGGAGACAGCAGAUAGCUCCAGAGACAUCCGCUUUAUUUUGAGCAUAAAUAGGUAUUUUCUUAAGCUUUUGUACAACAUAUCUUAUUAGAUUAAAGCUAAAGACUUUGUGCAUCUAUUUCUCGUAUUUUGGAUUUGGAUUUAUAUUGUGGAGUAAAGUUAUUUUGGAUCGUAUUAUCGUAUUGUGUACAUUAUUGUUGCGUUACAUGUUGCGAAGCUGAUCUUUUGGAUAUUACUCGUUAUAUCUUUGGAUUUAUUUGUCGUAUUCGUAUGUAACUUGCUACGUAUUCUACCAAUGGUGUUAUAACUUUCGCGUGUUAAUUUGGUCAAAUUUGGCUACCUUGUUCGUGUUUUAUUAAAGUAUUAUUAUUUUGACCGUUGGUGCUUUAAAUUUGAAUUUGCCACGUCGCGUUCCUAGGCAACAACUUUACGGCUGCGUAUCUUGGUUCUACGUAUUUCCAAUUUUCUUUUACUUUGGAUUUAUAUAUUGUUCUUAUUAUUCGCCACAUUUUGGUAUUGUUUUGUCAACCUUGGAAUUAAACAUUUGACUUUCCGCUGUUUGUAGUGUGGCGUCGUGUAUUCUAUUAUAUUGAAUUAUAACUAACUCCUGGGAUUUUAACUUUUCUUAUAUCUUUGGAUUUAAUGUAUAUUCGUAGCUGAAAGUUGGUCAGUAUAUAGAUAUUAUCAUCUCCAGCAAGUUUUCAAGUGUAUACGUGUUAACUAGAUUUUAAACUACAACGGGUUUUGUACUUUCCCAACCGUCAAUUGUACAAAUUUCAUCAGGGGAUUUCCCAUAUACCAUUGCUGUGGAAUUUUAAUUAACUGCUGGUGUUUGUCUAGUUUGGUUGCGCCUCUGAACUCUGACCUUUCUAACCUGAAAUCACAUACCACUUUCACGUGCAAGGCGAAAUCCCAAACUUUGGCUAUAAUAAUUCAUCAUGACGAUAAAUCGAAGCUACUACUCUAUGCUAUCUCUGGUCAUCUGCCUAUUUACUGGUUGUAUAGAUAAUGCUUCAACUGUCUCAGAUAUAAGAAUCACUCGUAUAAAAGAUCACGCCAUCUUUAAACCCUCUACCCUUCAAUUUGACUGAUACGAUGAGUACUCUGGCGUUUACAAUUCCAACGAUUCUCCAUCAAAAAUUCAUUAAACAAGUCCAAAAUACCCCUGUCUUGAUGCACAUCCCCUUGUCACUCAGGAUAGUAAAAAAGAAACGAACAGGUUCAAUCUACUCUCCCAAAAUCUCGACUUGGCUUAGACAUGGCUACAUUUGCCGCAGUUCGCUGGACUGUUACAUUGAUAUUACCAUUUAUAUGGAUAUUGCAUCUAAUCCAGGUCCGACCAUUACCCAUGAUCCCAAUG